CAGGCAGCGUGGCCGCCGAGCCGCGCAGUUCCGCGCCGCCACCCGCCAGGGGGCGCUCGGCCCGACAUCGGCCCCGGGAGCUGCGCGGCUGGAGGAGGCGGAGCCCAGGAAGCCAGGCAAGAUGGCGCCGUCCGCGUUAAUGCGCCCAUUCUGGAAGCUGCUGGCCCCAGCUAGGUUCCCGAUUGUCUCUUCAUCGCGGUCAAAGUUCUACAUCCGGGAACCGCCGCAUGGCAGCCCUAACUGGCCGAAGGUUGGAUUGACCUUGGGCACCUCCGUUUUUUUGUGGAUCUAUGAGGAUCCUUUAUCCACUGAGCCAUCGGGGAAGCCCUUUGUAAAAUGGAUCCUUAGUCCAAUAUGACUGAUGCAUUUCUAAGAAGAAAAGAGGCAGAGAAGAUAACCUUAAAUGAGGGAGGCAGAGAUUGGAGUGAUGCGUCUGCAAAGCAAGGAUGACUGGUAAACAUCAGAAGCUGCAAGAGGCAAGAGAGGAUUCUUGCCUACAAGUUUCAUGCGUUGAUUUCAGACUUCUAACCUCCAGAACUGUGAGAAUAAAUUUUGUUGUUUUAAACCA